GCGCGGUGCCCUCCUCCUUCAGCCGCUGGCUCUCGGCGGCGCAGUCCCCCAGCAGGGUCUCCCGGCGGCGUUUGACGGCCUGCUGCCAGUCCACCUGCCCGUCGGCGUCGUUCCGCUCCCGGUCGGCCUCCUCGAAGUGCCGCGCCGCCGACUUGGACACCCUCUCGCCCGCUUUCCUCUUCCAGCCAAAGGACGCCAUAUCCCCGGGGCUGCUUAAAAGGCGACAUUUUGCUGUUGUUCCGUGAGAACGAAAACAUGGGGAAAAGAUACUACUGCGACUACUGUGAGCGCUCCUUCCAGGACAACAUGCACAACAGGAAAAAACAUCUGUUCGGUGUGCAGCACCAGAGAGCUAAAAAGGCCUGGUUCGAUCACUUUAGAGGCUAUGCAGAUAUUUUAAAAGACGAGCAAGCAAAGAAACCCUGCAGGAAGUUCCUCCAAAGAGGCAUUUGUGAUUUUGGCCCCAGCUGCAGGUUUUCUCACAUGUCCGAAGCAGAGCUGUUCCAUUUGCAAAGAAGGGUGCAAGAUGAAAGACAUCGCUCGGACGGCUCCGAGGACCCCGGCCGCCCCGAGCCCAACGUGGACGUCUGGUUGGCCGUGCGGGAAAAGCGGAGAAGCGGCGGGGCCGGCAAAGGUGCGGCAGACGCCCGGGAGGAGGAACGGAUGCCGAGCGACGUCCCGCCGCAGAUUUUCUCCAUUCCGGACCUGCCGCCCUCGCUGGUGCCGCCGCCUCCGGGCGGCUGGAAAGUCAACGGCGACGCGGAAUGGGGGUGACGCGCGGACGCACACCCCGAAAGGUUCAUACUGUACUAUAGAUGGCGACAAAGGACUACUCUCGUCAAAACGAAGCUCCUCAACUCACAUCAACGUUUCCUUGGCACCAAGAUAAUGGAGCUGGAAUGUUACCACUGUACUUUUUUUAUUGUUGGAUUUCAAAUAAAAAAAUGACCCCACUGGGGAAAAAAGGU